GCAACGGAUAUCACCUCAUCAGCCAAAAUUUUUGAGCAAUUGAAGCAGACACUACGUAGAAUACUAAGAACCGUCUUCAUGAAUCCUAUGCUUCGCAAGCUCCAGGUGGCCAAAGUGACCCGGGCACUCGGCCAUGUUAGCCAUACACGUCUCACACUUCAUCUUCCGAUCAAUUGUCCCCAGACGUGGGUCGCUCAAGCCCCCAAUUUUUGGCUUGCCCCUUUCCGUGUAACAAGGAAUUACGAUCUCAUCGGGACUGAGUAUGCCAAAUUGGACAACGCGGACUUUGGCGACCUCCGCCGGAGAAAAUGGGAACCGCAGAUCCAUGGAGUGGAAAUUGAUGAUAUUGGUGCUAGCGCUUUAGUAUCUCAACAAUUAGGGUUCAGUAAA